AUUUUAUUUAAAUGUGAAUAUUAAAAAUUGAGAAGAUUUGAAAUAAUUUAUAUUCCUACCAAAAAAUAUCUUUACUGAUUUGUUUCACAUAUUCAAAUUAAAACGGACUAAAUCCAUGAUUCGAUUCUAUUAUCAACUCUUAAAUCCAGUUUCUCAACCGGCAUGGAGCCCGCCAGCACCUCAGCAUCUAUCUACAGUGUAUCAACCACCGCACACGACACAGCCGUGAAAAGUCCACCCCCGCUUUUGCUCUAGUCAACACCUCAGUCUAUAUCUUCCUCUAUCCAACCGUUCAUUUUAUCCCUUACCCUAUCACGGACGGCUCAGAUCAAGUCCUUGAAGUCGAACAACCCUCUCCCAAGCUUUUGAAUCGUCCGAUACUCCGAUCUAUAUUCUUCCCCGAAUCCCAACCCUCAUAUCAUCGGCAGUUUCCAAAUCAGCAACCCAAAGCCGCUUGAACCCAAAAUCCGAAGCUCAUUUUCAGAGAGGGAGUGAGCACAAGCGAUGGAGAAUGAAAGAGAGCAGCAGGUUUACUUGGCCAGGCUCGCCGAGCAAGCUGAAAGAUAUGACGAGAUGGUCGAAGCAAUGAAGAAUGUUGCUAAGUUGGACUUGGAACUGACAGUGGAGGAGAGGAAUCUGGUUUCUGUGGGUUACAAGAAUGUUAUUGGAGCAAGGAGGGCAUCUUGGCGUAUAUUGUCCUCAAUCGAACAAAAGGAAGAGGCCAAGGGGAAUGAACAAAAUGUUAAGAGGAUCAAAGAAUACAGGCAGAGGGUUGAGGAUGAGCUUGCAAAAAUUUGUAAUGACAUACUAUCGGUCAUUGAUCAGCAUCUUAUUCCCUCAGCCACGUCGGGGGAGUCAACCGUGUUUUACUAUAAGAUGAAAGGAGACUAUUACCGUUAUUUGGCUGAGUUUAAGGGUACUGAUGAUCGCAAAGAAGCUGCUGAUCAAUCACUUAAGGCUUACGAGGCUGCCACAUCAUCUGCUGCAUCAGAUCUGCCGCCUACUCAUCCAAUCAGGCUUGGUCUAGCUCUAAACUUUUCAGUCUUCUACUAUGAGAUUUUGAACUCUCCUGAAAGGGCUUGCCAUCUUGCUAAACAAGCCUUUGAUGAAGCUAUAGCAGAACUCGAUAGCUUAAAUGAAGAGUCGUACAAGGAUAGUACUCUCAUCAUGCAGCUGCUUAGGGAUAAUCUCGCUUUGUGGACCACAGAUCUUCCUGAGGAAGGAGGUAAGCCCAAACAGUGUCUAUUACCUUCUUGAAUAGUGAAUACUAGACAUUUGUCAUUUGCUUGAAUGUUGCUAUUUAUGUCGACUCUUUUUAAGUCGAGGGAUUGCAGCUUGAAUUUGAUGUGCGAUAAGUUCCAGUUUUGCAAAUCCAACGGAGUUUGACAUUGAGGUUGCUCUUUCAAUACAUAGUUUCAUUUGAGCCGGUGAAUUGCAUAUCAAUGGGUUUAAAAACCAUGGGUUGUGAAACCAUUUUCAAGAUCAGACCUGUGAGGCUAAUGGUUUAUGGUACUAUAGAGUUACAACGACAAAGCCGAUUAAAAUUUGACACAAAACUGCAAAAAGUCUGUACCAGCUAUGUGGUCUAACUGGCCAGUACUAUAUCAUAAUCACUGGUUUAAACAACUUGUUUGGUAGGGAAGACACGGUAUAAUGAUUUUACUUGGUUGUGGUUGAUGCUUUGCUUUCCAGUCGGGAUAGGAAGUGACAUUUAUUGCUUGUGUGGCGUUUUAUACCUUACCGGAUGAACAAACGUUUCUGCUUGUUUGUUUGAUCUGAUAAUUGAAACUUGUUUGUUUGGCAGGUGAACAGUCUAAAGCUGAUGAAGCUGGAGCAGAGGUAACCAAAAUAGUAGCUCUGGACCUCAGAGUGUUUAAUGCGCUUGCUUUUGUUACAAGUUCAUUGCAACUUUUAAAAAAUCACCAUUUCGUUUUUUACUUGUUCUGAUCAUAUAUUCAUCAUGGGAUUCUUAUUGCGCAGAAUUAGCCGGGAGCGGAUUGCAAUUCUUUUCAAAGGACCGGGUUCAUGUUGGGAGAGGAAAGGACCUGGGCGAAGAUUAAUCCUUGCGGGUAAUAGUAAUAGAAGUAGACGUAUUGUGUAACGAUUAACUUGUAUCUAAUGUGCUGCACAGAUUCAUCCCUCCGUGGGCUGUUUGAUUGAUGCCUUUGUGCUUUUCAUUUCCACCCAGAACACAAAAGAACUCAGAAUUUGAACUGUGGUGGUUUCCCCUUGCAAUCAUGUUGUCUGUGAUUCCAUGUGAACAAACAAUGGGGUUUGAGAUCGAGACUAAGGAAAUAACAGAUUUAGCAUCUUGGGGUAAUAGAAGCUGCAGGCAUCG